UAUCCGCUGCACUCCGGGAUUUCAUUCCCCAGAAACGACAGUAAACAGUUCCGCUACACUACAAUCGAGUGGCACCGAAUUAGCUAGAACAUCAUCCAGAGGAGCCAUGAUCUAACAGCGGACUCAUACACUUCACACCACGUAAAAUCAUGUUAAACUUUUUCGGACUACGUAAAGACUCAAAGAAGUCAGCAGCCGAGAAGGACGUUGAUGGAGGCUUUGUCGUCGUUGGAGAAACAGCAGAAGAACGGAGGAGGAGGAUGCCUCCCAAGAGCGUCACACAGCCCUCUACUAAUGUCAUCGUGCAGCCAUCAAAGCCGUCCUGUCCCUCACCAACUCAGCCCAGUGAUGGAAUGCUUCCUGCACCUGUUACCCACCCAGCACCAGGACAUGGACCUCCAGCCUCCCAGGCCGCUCCAACCCUCCCGGAUCUCCUCGGAGAUGUCCCCUUCACAUUGGCUCCUCAUGUGCUCGCCCUACAGGCAGGAUUCCCCGUGGUUCCUGAUGUGCUGAUGUCUCGUGACAUGAACUCGAACCUGACUAGUUUUCAUUACGAUUUCACUUUAGAGAACUCUGUGAUUCAUAGCAGCUAGUAGGUUUGGCGUUGGGACAGAUCCUGGUGAGCUUUAAAAGGUUUCACUGGUUCUGGACCACAUGACCAGUUGGCUGUUUCACUAAAGAAAACAUGAAAAGGUAAAUAAUUAACCUGUGAACAAAUAAAACUCAUAAAAUUAAUGAUAAACUGUAAAUAAUAGCAAAUGCACUCAGUUAGAUCUGCUUAAAGUAACAAUGUGUAGUUUUUUUACCAUUCAUUUCUGGAAAUAUCCAUCAAAAUGUUGAAAAUUAAUGAAAUGCCAAGGUAUUGAAAAAUACUUGCAGCUUCGUAACAUUGAACCAUAAAAAUCAGGUCUAAAAUACAUGGCAGCGGGUCUAAGUCUCUGGGCGACGCCAUAUUAGACGCCACGUUUCCUUCUACGGGAGCCCAUGAGGACAAAAUACAUUUACUGAUUUGUAACAAAUGGUUACAAAACUUUCACCGUUCAUAAACGUUUUACAAGUUUACCUUUUCACUCGUUCACAGUGAUGAAAGGGUCUGAUGUGCUCGUUAUUUUGCUAAAGUUUGCACUCCCCAGGACUUUUUGACCCUAAUGCCCCUCCGUUGGUACGAUCUUCCUCUAACACAAAAAUAUUGCUUGUUUGCAAUGAUUUAGGUAUGUGCUGCCCCCUAUCGCCAGGAAAAAUACACACUGUCACUUUUAACUCAAAUGUACUUAAAGUACACAAAGUUAGUUUUUCCUUGUUCACACAGAUGAAGCUGCUAUUUAUUCCUAGGAUUGUUUGGCUUAUAAACCAUUUUAAGUUUGUUGUAAAAGGAAUCGGACUGUUUGUAAUUUGUUAAAAUCAAUUUUCAGUUUUCUUUGUUCCAGCUGAUCGUGCUGAAAGCUCCAAUCUAAACUUUUACUUCUAAAGACGACAGGAACCGAGCGACAGAUGUGUUGGUCAGUCCAGCUGUCCAUCAAAUCCUUUUUGUUCUGCAAAGCAAAAUUAGCAGCUGAAGUCAGGACCACUGAUAGGAAGUUCACAAGUCUUUUUAAGUUAAAAGCCCUUCUAGGAACCUUCAUUUUUAACAGAUUUAAAUGAAUGAUAUGUUAUUUUUGAGUCUGCAUGAAUAAUUCUGGCCUCUGGAAAGAAAAUCCACAAUAAAUAAAUGUCAUGAAUCCA